AUGUCUAAGAAUACACGUCCAAACUUCUUGAGUCAUUGGUCCUUUGAUAGUUUCAAGGCUAAAGCUGAAGCGUUUCGAGAGAUAUCAGAUUCUGAGGAACAUGAAAACGAGACCUCUGACUUCACUGGAAACUCUACUGGAGCCCGGUCCUUUCUCAGACUCCAGCGAAACCAACACACCGAAGACCCUUCCCUCAAUGACCAUGAUCACUCGACUUGCACAGGUAUCGGCGACGGUAUUAUAUGUGAAGCUUGCUUAAACAGGAAGGAUGGAAUCUCGAGCGUUCAGUACUUCCAUAUCGAUCCCACAUCCCAGCUUCUUCAUGGAUCCGAGGACCCCGAGGAUUCCGAGCAGGAGGUUGCCGAAUGUGCCAACCUUCAUCCCAACGACCAAUCCCUCUGGGCUGAGGAACCAGACUUCUACCGAAGUCUGACAGCUGACGGCAUGGGAUUCUUGUCACAAGUCGCUCACAUCUGUCGUUAUAGCGAACUCUCCUUCUGCCAUAACAGCGAUUGUAAAAGUCACAGAGAGACGAUGGAAAGUCGAUUCCCCUUAGAGGACGGAGCAUGGCCAGCGUUCAGGAGCUGGGCACUUACUGCAAUGUCGUGUCAACAACAACACCGCCAAAGUUGGGCAGAUCAGAAAUACCAUGCUGCCCACACUCAUAUCGCCAGUGCCGUUGCGGCUCUUGCCAUGGCUCUCGCAGAGUGCUCUCGCCCAUGCUACAGAAACACUAUUUUCAGAUCUCAACUCGACACGGUAGAUGGGGACGUACAGGACGACAAGGGCAGCCAGACUCUAAUGAACUCGACUUGGAACGUUUUGUACUGGAUGAUCUCAGUCCAGUAUAGCUGCUCAGUUGGGCCAGACAAGUUUGGCCGAUGGGGCUCUGACAUGCUGUCCAGCGGCCUUAUCAACUGGAAUGUAUUGCAGAGUGCGCUUGAUGCUACGGAAGAGACCAAAGUCUGCAAGUACCGACUGUGGAACCUGCUUAAUGAGGGUGAUCGUGGUGAUGCCGAUCUGUUCCCUAUCGUAUCCUACCUUCUGCGCCAUAACACAUAUAUGGAACAGAUGAGCCACGACGACCAUGACAAGUGCACGCCAGGCUUCUGUCAGAAAGGAACUAUCGAUAGCAACAAAGCGAAGCAAAUGCACUCCUCGCACGAGGAAGGCAAUGAGUGUACCAAACUGGAGUUUGAUAUGAGCAAGGUAGACAAAGCAGUGGAUGCAGGCCGCAAUACGGCUUGGUUAUGCAACUUGGAGGACGGUCAACCCCAGAUCAACCAGUUUGAUAAUUAUGUUGCUCUAUCACAUGUUUGGUCUGAUAGGACAGGGGUUGGUAUCGGCGAAAGAGACAACAAUACCUGCCAAGUAAACAAAUGCUUGUGGACGUUUUGGCAUGAGAUGAUCACUCAGUCACAGGGAGAAACUCCCUGUGACUGGAGUCCCGCCAUCUGGUGGGAUACAGUCUCUAUACCGCAAGACAAGGAAAAGCGUAAUUUGGCUAUUAAGUCUCUUCACCGGAACUACUCUAAAGCGAAGCGCACCAUCGUUCACGACACGAAUCUCGCCAACAUUGACUGCCAAGACGACGGAGUGCGAUGCGUCGCCCUGGCCUUGUCUAACUGGUUUUCUCGUGGAUGGACCGCGCUGGAACUGCAGAUGUCAAAAGAAGUCUGGGUCAUUUUCAAGGACGGUGAUACUUACAGGCCAAUCCUUCUCGAUAAACUCCUGGUAAAGUCUCUAUCUAUGGCCAGCCCGGCCCUAACCGAUAGGCCGGUGGUAGUUUAG